CAGACACAGAUCGAUCUGAUAAGCUGCUUUUCUGGCCACUAACGGCCAGAGAUGCAGUGGAGUGAGCAGGGGCGGACUGACAACUCAUGGGGCCCCCGGGCAAUAGGGGAUCAUGGGGCCCCUGUGUCCUUGCCCAAACUCAAAAAAGCCUAUGAAAAAGGUACCAGGGGCAUCUCAUGGGGCCCCCUACUGACCCCGGGCCCUCGGGCAGUGCCCGAGUUUCCAAAUGGUCAGUCCGCCCCUGGGAGUGAGUAAGCGAAGCCACACAGGG